AUGUCAUCAAUCAGUCAUACAAAUCGAUAUUCAUCUAUCUUAUUACACAUUAUUCUCUAUACUAUAUGUACUAACGAAGAUGAAAAGAAUGAGUUGGUAGAGAUAAUGAAAGAAUACUCAUUAAAACAUAGUGGUUUAAAGAAAGAUAUGCUUAUAGAUGCGAUCAUUAAACAUCAGCAACAUCUCACAGAUUUGAAAUCAAAGUUAGUGACAGACAACUCAAUCGAGAAGUUUCAUCGUGGAACUGUUGAAUAUCGAUUGCCAACAUUGAUCAUCUAUCGAAUCAUUCGUGAUCUCUGGCAUGACGAUAUCACAUUCAAUUUGAAUACAAAUCAACUUCGUUCAAACUACCGAUGGCUGCUCUCUAUUUCUCGCGUUUCCAAAGAGUUAUUCAAACUGAUAUCAUCGUUGUUCUCUCGUGUCAAUCUUUUCGAUGAAAGUGAUUUAUACAUCGCAGCUAGAGAUCCAACUGCAGUUAUAUAUUCUUAUACUGCCACAGCACAAAAACUCAAGAACAAAAUCAUCAAUCCACUCUCAAGAAUAUCAGUCAUCUAA